AUGUCACGAAAUGGUACCAACAGGAACCCGGUCCCGCGUAUGGGACCGCCGCACUGGCGACAGUAUAGCAAGUCGAGCUUAGAUCGCUCCCAUGCCGAGGUUCCUGUUUCCCCUGCGAGCGUAUCGACCCAUUCCACUGUCAAAGAUGAGAAGCGAACAAGAAUAGAACGCAGAUGUACUGUGACAGUCAACGAAGGCUAUGCCCGGGAUGAGGUCCUGCUCAAUUUCGAUGUAGUAGGCGCCGAUGUAAAGCCUGGAAUGUUGAUGUGCAUCUCGACUGUGAGGGACGACCUGCGAAAGAUCUCGGCUGGACAUGGUGCUAGUAGCAAGCAAAAUCAAGAUGCUUCCAAGGGAACGUCAGGCACUCAAAAUGGGGAUGGCGCGGGCUUCAAGUAUUUCUUUGUUGCCAAAGAUAUGCCUCAAGAAACCAAGACACGGAACCCUGACGUUGAGGUCUAUGUCUUGAAGCAUAUUGCUGAUGCGUUUGGGAUGAAGAAAGGUUCUCAGGUUCUUUUGACAAUGGUGGAUGCAAAGAACCCUGCCAUCGAAGCUUCUCACGUAGAACUGUCUUUCAAAGACCAAUACCUAUCCAGAUCAGAUAUUUGGAGAAUGACUGUUGGAGAACUGACAGGAAGAACCGUUUACAAAGGCCAAUCUGUUUUGUUUAUGGGGACCAUCAAGGCGCAAGUCACCGCAAUUUAUGUCGAUAGUCGCAAGACACACUCUGCCUUCUUCACCCGCGACACUCGGCCCAUCUUUCGGAGUGAAUCAGCAAGAUACGUUCUCUUCAUCCAGAUGGCUAAAGAAAUGUGGGAAUUCGAUGCAGAAAGCUCUGGCGAAAUCAUGUUCAACAAAGUCGUCAAUGGGUUUCUUCCUGCGUUGUUCAAGAGAUGGGCUAUGCUCAAGGCCAAACACUUGGUCAGUAUCGUACUCUUUGCGCGUGUAGAAUAUGAUACCGGUUUGACAGCUGAAUUCGACGGCCUCUCCGGCGACUUUUACACUGGCAUACAGCCAUCUGGGCUGCGUCGGCCAUACAAAGACUUUUACCGAGUCGUGGUCAGCGAGAUGGGCAGUGGGGAAUGGACAAAGAUCCUGCACCAGUUGAAGGUAGAAUUCAACUUCUUCCGCCGGGAUAUCAGUUUGUAUCACCACAAGCUCAACGCUCAGGCUGAGAUCAACGGCCCGGACUCUAUCCCCAAAGAUACUCCCUCGUCUCGUGUCAAGGCUGAGUCAACUUAUGCCAUGUAUGGCAAUGUUUUAGAAGCUAUAAAUCUAGCUUCAUCUCAGUUCGCCCAUGACCAUAUUGAUAGAGACCUCACCAGGACAGGUAUUUCAAUUGCAGUAAUCAGCCCUGGUUCUGGUGUUUUCGAAGUGGACUAUGAGACCUUGCGGAGAACCACCGAAGCAUUGGUAGGGAAUGGCAUUGGUAUUGAUCUGAUAUGCAUGCCCAAAAUGCCGCUGCAUUCAGUGCCUCUAUUCAAGUAUCGCAACCCGCAGUAUUCUGAUGACCACAGCCAAGCUCAUCGGUCGAGCUUCUCGAGAUCGUUUCACAGUCGUGAUAGUACGCCAAACCACCCUACUCCAGUGAUAGGGAGCUAUCAAUCACUUGGUGAAUCAUUCUCGCCUUCGAAAGGGAUGAGCCUUUCACGCCGUGCAGACCCCCUCAUAUCCAUGGCAACAAGCGACCAAUGGUGCUUUGCGCUUCCGCAAUGGCUUCAUGUCUCGUUCUGGACCGGGGCGUCUGAUGAGGCUCUUUCGUAUGAGGGUAUUGCCUUGUCCGUGUCCAACAAAGUCAUGCAAGACGACGAAGACGAGUUCAACAUUCGAUGUCGUAUGUACGCGUUGCAGAUGAGAAGUGUCCUUGAAACAAACGAGAUAGAAACGACACCUUUACAAGUCGAUACUCACUUCCCCGCCAACAUCACUGAACCGCCGUCGUCGCAGAAAUAUCGUAAUACUGGUAUCAACGAUACUGUCUACAUUCCCAGCAGACGGGCACCAGAAGGUCUUUACGAUCACACGUCUGGAUUCCAAAGGUUUGUUCCAGACAGAUUGGCAAGACCUGGUGAAAAAUCAUUGUGGAAGCAAUUGCAAGAGUUCGAUGACCAUAGGGCCAAAAUUUCUCAUGGCCGCAGUCGGCACCACUCGUCAAGGUAUGCCAAGGACCUGGAUGAAAUUACGAGAAGGCAGUUGGCGGAGGAUUCUGGUCUUUAUGGAACUUCCCUCCCCGAGAAAAAGGCCCCAAUUCUUGGUGCUUCGGCAAGGAAGCUGUCAAUGAAUAUCACAGAUGGCGACAAGCCAUCUCCAACCAGUCUCAAAAAGAGCGCCGAACCAGCGCCAAAGCCUCCCAAACAAGUAGCGAAACAACCCAAGCUGAUGAGGCAGAUCAGUCUGGGCCAGCGCGGAUUUGGGAUUGCUGCCCCCAAGGCUGUGGUUGCAGAGAUUAAAGCUGAGACAGUCAACGCUUCUGGUGUCUCUUCCGGCGAGGGGAAACAGCCAUCAACGCCUCGCAUCCGUCCAGAACUACGACCGAGCUCUCCACAGACAAUCACCAGCCACCCAUCUUCAGUUUCUAUUCAAAAAUAUCGACUUGACGCCCCGGAUACUAUCGUGGAAGGGGUGCCUAUGACUCCCAGUAUUCCUAUUCUCAAAAGAAACAACUCUGGACUUGAUGUGACCACGAUUGGCUCGUCGUUUAAUAAUCGUCAGCAAAAGCGGGAUGACGAUCGUGACCUGAGGUACUCGGAAGCCCUUCGUGCUGAUGACGCACAGAAACUAUACACAAACAAGCUGCGUGCCGGUGCACUUAGUGAUGCCGUUCAAGAUCUACCUACAACUCUCUCGCCCACCACUGCCAUUACCCCAUGGCUGACUCUUGUAAACCCCUCGAACCCGGAAAGUCUUGCAAUUGACGACACUGUAUUGUAUAGUCGAUGGCAACAUGUUUAUCCUCAAAUCACCCAAAUGAAGGUUCAGAAGUGGAAAGCUCUUUGCUGUCCCGCGUCUGUGCCCCUCACCACAGAGUACUUCCCUUCAAAGACACAGUUCGAUACUGAGUACCACCGUCAUCCGUACACUGUCGAGCAGGAUGCAGACGAUGACCUGGUGGAGACGCCCAAGUCGCGACAGGAAUUUGUUCAGGAGCUCAUCAGCUUGCGUUUCACUCAGGGUUUCCAAGUUGUGGUAGGGCCAUUAGUUGCUCGUGCGUUUGGACAGAACUUGAUCAAGAUUGGUGACAUCUUCUCAAGAGAUACACCCCUGGAGGAUGGCACUAGUAUCUUUAUGUCGGUUGGCAACAGCAUUCAUCAACUUUCGUGCGUCAAUGGUACGGAGGUUGAGGUAAACAUCUUCAUGCGAAAGCCAACAGAUACUUCAUUCACAUCCCAAGGUUUUUCGCCAAUUUACAAACCUGCAAUCCGGACAUUGUUGGAUGAUACUUAUGAAGCCCGCGAGAUUGACCUCCUCACUCCCCGCACUGACCGCAACUGGAACAUGAUUGACUCUUACAUUGCUGGGCACCAUAAUGAAAUGUCAGACAGCCUUCGUUUCUGGCGCGCAAGAUUCGUCCUUAUCCCUGUCUUGCGAAAGGAUGUUCCAAUAUCAAGGACGCAGACUGGGGACCACGCCGAAGAGGUACGAAUUGAAGGUAUUAAGCGUCUUGCUCAAUCAUGGCAAAAGUAUCGCUACAUUCCUCCACCUGAGCGGAAGUAUCAUUCACUUGCUCAACAGAAGCGACGACGAGACCCCAAUCCCCUGGAUAUCGUGUGGAAAACAGAUGAUCCCUCAGUUGUUAUCGCCGCUGAAGUUGAGACACUUCCUCUCACAGAAGGGGUGGAAGGUGCCAAUCGAAAGGGACUGGUAUCGGCUAAGGACCGUUUCAAGAAAUCAAAUCUGAACUUAUCAGCCCUGGCUGAUGUCAUGCAGCAGCCUGUUGAGAAUGGAGGUGUUAGGCUGCAGAACCGCAGAUGGCAUCUUCGCCUCUACUCUGCGUGUUUCAUCGGAUCUGACAUGGUGACAUGGUUGCUUGACAACUUUGAAGAUCUCGACACUCGAGAAGAUGCCGAGGCACUGGGCAAUGCCUUGAUGGCGCAUGACGAACUAAAGUCUGCAAAUCCAAAAGACAAGGGCCUAUUUGUUCAUGUUGACAAGCGCCACCAGUUCCGAGAUGGUAACUACUACUAUCAAAUCGCCAGUGAGUUUGCCAAGCCUCAUGUAGGAUGGUUCAACACUCGACGGGCUACGGUGCCGCCAACGCCAAGUAUCGAAUCUUCGAAUCGAGAUUCACCUCGGACCUUGAUGUCGGCUCGUUCAGUUGAGGAAAGUGGUUCUCCUGCGUCAACCUCAACAACGCCAACUAUAUCACUCCCCCAUGGGGGAAAGCGGCCUAGAGUCGUGCUUAGCAAGGUCAUAAAGUACGAUGUUGACCAUCGAAAGCGGUCUUAUAGACCAGAGAGGAUUGAUCUGCAUUACGACCGUCUCCACAACCCUGACAGCUGUUACCAUAUUCGUAUCGACUGGAUGAACGUGACUACGAAGCUGGUGGAAGACGCAGUUGAGAGCUGGGCACGAGAAGCCAGUCAGUACGGCUUGCGACUUGUCGAGUUACCCAUCAAGGAGGCAUGCACAAUCACUGAGACGAAUCCUUUCCGAAAGCCAUAUCACAUCAAGUUGGCAGCUCGUCCUCCGGAUCAGAAGCCCGAGACGUACAUUGACCCCAACUCCCUGGGCCCGACAACAUCUCCAAACAAGCACUUCUACCAAACGGCGAUUCUUAAGAAGUUUGAUUUUGUCCUCGAUACUGAAGCGGCAUCCAAUUUCCCAAGCAACGUUGAUGUGAGCUACUCAUGGGGCAAGCCUGAUUACAAAUACACCCAGUACAUCCAUCGGAGUGGUACUCUCCUGGCGGAGAUCACGGAUGAAGGCGAUUUCUUAAUUCUGGCAAACCGUUUGUAUAGCAAUCGACCGGCGGGCAUGCGUUCAAUCGAUCCGCCCACUGCGGUUGAACGCGGCGGCCGCAUGGCAUCGUAUGGUCCCUACUCAACUUUUGGCAUGUCAGAAUCAGCAACGCUAUCCUCGCCCCUCCUCAAACCAACGCAUUAUUUCCACUCGCCAGCGCUGAAACCGGCUGACCAACAGCACAACAAACCUAUACCCGCAACAACUCCUGAUCCGGAUUCUCUCAAUGCCGAGAUUGACGACUUCUGUAAGAACAAGACAGCGCUCGAGGAGUUUUACAGGGAAGCUUUAGAGAAGGGCCAAAAGGUUCAAGGUACGCCUGCAACAGCGCCGGCAUUGGAGGCAGUCCCUGAAGCUAGUAUCCCGACACUUGGAUUGCCGCCUGGUGUUCUGGGAGGAAACGACGGAGCGCCAACAAAGCGGCUUAAUAGUCCUAUGUCGUUCCUCCGAAGAAGUAGUGUGCAGUACGAUGGUGGAUCCAGUCUGACAGGGAGAUGA